AUGAGUGGAAAACAGAAUCAGAACCCCAACCUUGAAGAUGCUUUGUUGUCGUCAUUAAAAGUGGGAGCCGUGAGCGGUUCUGCCGGUCUUGUCUAUGGAGGUGCUGCUGGUGUUAUCCGCUCUCCACAUCCGGUGAUCCAUUCCCUUUCAUGUGGUAUUCAUUGGUUUGCCUGUGGGACUACCUUCUGGUGGCUGAGGAGUAAUAUCCUAAACAUGCACUAUGAAGACAAGGCCACCGCGAAACAUAGGUCAUAUGUUAGUGCCCUUUCCGGCGGGAUCGCCGGAGGAGGAGUGACCAAACUGAUGGGAGGCCGUCUACUCCCAGGAACCAUUGUAUUUUCACUACUAGGAUAUGUCGGUCAAAGCGCCUACAACGCAAUCGACACAUGGCAGAUGGAGCAAGCAAAUGUAUCAUCAAAACCGUUUCUUCAGCGACUGGCGGACUCGAAGUGGGUUCCUUUGAAGUCGCUUUCGGAUGAUGAUUACCGGGGGAUCUUGAAUGAAAAGCUGUUAAGCAUUGAGGCGGAAGUCGCACUCCUUGACGAGAAGAUUCAAGAACUGGAAAAGGCAAAAAGCGUCGGGCCCGAGAGUGUGUCGAAACUGCGGGGUGCUUAG